AUGAAGGAGAUGGAGCAUGUGGAGUUGGUGUCGGAGAUGUGCCAUGUGGAGCACAUGAGUACAGCGGAACGGCUGCAGCUAGCAAGGAGAAGGAGGGCUGUACAGCUGAAAAACUGGGCCCAACGAGAAAGAGAGUGGUUAAGAAAAAGGCCAAGAGAAUCUAAAAGCUGUAAACCAGGGAUCAGAUUUAGUGAUAACGUGAUACUUCUUGAGGCUGCAUCUAGAAAUGAUAUAGCUGAAGUUCGUAAGUUACUAAUGAGGGGGGUGAGUCCAGACUCCACAAAUGAAGAUGGCUUAACAGCUUUACACCAGUGCUGCAUAGAUGACAAUGAAGAAAUGAUGAAACUGUUGCUUGAGUUUGGGGCCAAUGUGAAUGCUGAAGACAGUGAGCGCUGGACGCCACUUCAUGCAGCUGCUACAUGUGGUCACUUACAUCUUGUGAAACAUCUUAUUGCAAAUGGUGCUGAUUUACUAGCAGUGAAUGCUGAUGGAAACAUGGCCUAUGACAUUUGUGAAGAUGAAGCAUCAUUAGAAGAAAUAGAAGGUGAAAUGGCCAGGUCUGGUGUAACACAGGCGUUAAUUGAUGAGACUAGAGCUGAGACUGAAAACUUGAUGCUUGCCGAUUUAGCAGAUGAAGCAGCUCGUGGUGGUGACCUUGAAAUGUUACUAGACGAUCAGGGUGCUACUCCUUUACACAUUGCUGCUGCAAAUGGUUACCUUAGGGUAGUUGAGUUCCUUCUUGAUCACCAUGUUUCAACUGAUGUCAAAGAUAUCGAUGACUGGCAACCUGUUCAUGCUGCUGCUUGCUGGGGCCACUUGGAAGUUCUGGAAUUGUUGGUACAAAAUGGAGCUGAUCUCAAUGCAAGAACUAAACACGAUGAAACACCAGCUGAUAUUUGCGAAGACCCAGACUUGAGAGAAAGAAUCGUUGAGUUAAGGACAGAGCAGGAGUCAAAAAAGCUUGAGCGAAGAAGAGUAAGAAGAACUCAGAGUAAUAAUUCUCGAGCUUGUUCUGUGAGAAGAACCAGUGUUAGGGAGCGAGGACUUACUGCUAAAAGGGAUGCUGCCCAAGAAGCUAGGUUCAGGCUUGUCCAUCAUCAAGUACUGCCUACCAUCGACAUCCCUGAUCUCGGGGCUAAGGUUGCUGAUACAAAUAUGGAUGGUGUGGACAGCAUAGUUGCCGUAAAUGAAGGAGACUCCAGCGGAAGGAAGGAACCCGAUGGGAAAGACUCAAAUGUUAUACAAGCAUCAGAGUCUAAAUCCUCCUCUCCUGUAGUUGAGGUGCCCACUGAAGCUAGCUAUACCACUGAAAGUAACGGUAAAAUUAACAUUCAUGUGUCCGUUACAAUAAAUGCUGGCACUCUGGCAGAAUUGAAAAAACAGAGAGCACAGAACAGAACCAGCCCUGAUAUAUCAUCUGUUGUUUCUCAAGCUACUAUAUCUGAAGUUGAUGCCCCACAGGGCUUUAAUCAGGUGAAGAGGUUCUCAGGAGAGGCAAGCGAAAAUUUUAUUGAAGAUGGUAAGAAUCGAAAGUGCUGCACGAUUCUGUUAAACUGGUCAACGGAGAUUUUUACACUUUAUGUAUUAACGACGAAUCCGAUUCUCUAA